AUGCGCAUCAAAGCAGCCGGGCGGCGGGGGCCAGUGGACGGGUGCAAUGUGACGGGGUCGGGAAAGACUGGGAGGCAGCCUUAAACCGCGCAGGAGGGAGGGUUUAACCAUUAACCUCCAUUAACCAUUAAGGCAGCUGUGCAAAGCCGGUACCGUACAUAAGGCGUGCGCACCGGCGUCCACGCCUCAGCUUGAGCGCGUUACCAAGAGGUCAGCCACACGAGUCCGCAGCGUGCUGUUACUGCUCAUCACGCCGGUUUGUCUCCUUCUGCUGUCCGGAUUGCUGACACUGAAAGGUGAAUGCCCACUCUGCUUGGAGGUGCAGUGCUUUUCCGAAACCGGUAAUUCAAUCUUCAUACUGCAGGCCUUUAAAUAACUCCCUUGAAAACCUGCCAGCAGCCACGUGGUGUAAGGUGAGACAUUCCCAGCCCAGUACACGGACCAGUCUGACAUGAUUAGUGAACCGAGAGCAUGACCAGUCUGCCCUGCAAUCUGAAUGGAGACAUCUGAUUUUAUUUUUCCUUCAGCUUAAACUUUGCGCUAAGAGACUGAUUCCAAGUGACUGGAGGGGAUUUCUGUGGUGAGUCCUCAAGCCUUUCUUUCUUUACUGUUUUAAAACAGUAUGGUUUCUUCCUUUUUUUGCUGGCCCACCCUGAGCACCUUGCAGUGAAUGGAGAACAUACUGGUUUUGCUCCCGAAGCACCGACAGGAACACGGGCUCUGCAGAUGCACAGCUGCAGUUGCCUUGCUGCAGGUUUUUUCCUACAGAGCAGAUUUCUUCUGGUCUUUAAUAGCGACCCCAACUCCCUCUAAGCCUCUUUAAUGGGAUAAAUCAAUUGGACUGAUCAGGUUCAAAACCAGAUCGGGUGACCAAUUCCAUUCGGACUACCCCAAAACCGGAAGGCCAAGGAGACCUGACCAUUUCUUUUUCAAGCCCACUGUCUUCCAAAGGCGUCCGCAUGGUACUUUGGUCGAAAGAACAAGACAAAGUCCCCGACAUCGACAUGUCCUCCGGGGCCAUUGAGGUGAAGAAAGAGGGAGGCCCGUUAACUCCGGCUUUCCUCAACUCCAACUGCUCUGUCCACCCGGUGAUCCUCACCAAGGGCCCAGAGGAAGUGAGCCCAGGUACCGGGGGCGAGUUCGAGCUCACAGAAGUCACUAAUUUCCCAGAGAGGGCCGGUGAGACCGGGGAGGAUGGGGAGAGGUCUGAGAUUGUGGUGGCAUUGGACUGCCGGGCAAAUGCCAAAGGACAGCGGGAGGAGGAUGCGCUCCUUGAGAACGCAAGCCAGAGUAAUGAGAGUGAUGAUACCAGCACCGACCACAGCCCAGAACCAACAGCGCCCCUAAAAGAGACCUCCUUCACCAUUGGCCUGCAGGUGGUCUUCCCCUUCCUGCUGGCUGGGUUUGGGACAGUGGCAGCUGGAAUGGUGCUGGACAUUGUCCAGCACUGGACGGUGUUUAAGGAUGUGUCGGAGCUGUUCAUCCUGGUCCCAGCACUGCUGGGGCUCAAAGGCAACCUGGAGAUGACGCUGGCAUCUAGACUUUCCACAGCGGCUAAUAUUGGUCAAAUGGACACAGCCAAGGACAUGUGGAAGAUGAUCAUGGGGAACUUGGCUCUCAUCCAGGUCCAGGCCACAGUGGUGGGGUUCCUGGCCUCCAUAGCUGCUGUGAUCUUUGGCUGGAUCCCAGAGGGACACUUCGAGAUGCGCCAUGCUGUGCUGCUCUGUGCCUCCAGUGUGGCCACAGCAUUCAUCGCCUCUCUGCUGCUAGGGCUCAUCAUGAUCGGAGUGAUCAUUGCAUCUCGAAAAGUGGGCAUCAACCCUGACAACGUGGCCACGCCCAUCGCUGCUAGCCUCGGAGACCUGAUCACCCUGUCCCUGCUGGCAGGCGUCUCCACAGGACUGCACAAGGAACUAGAAGAGCAAAAUCACUAUGCCAACCCGCUGGUGUGUUCGGUGUUUGUGGCCAUGUGCCCUCUUUGGGUGCUAAUUGCCAGGAGGAUCCCAUCCACCAGAGAGCUCCUCUACUCCGGCUGGGAGCCAGUCAUCAUCGCCAUGGCCAUCAGCAGGUAG